CACAUGUUCAAACGCAGAAUGAUCUCUUCAUAGCAAAUGUCCCUGGGAAUCAUUGCAAGAUGGAGGGUUCGACCUCUGCGGCUGGAACCCUCGAUUCCCAGGGAGGCCCUCCUCUGCCCAGCGAGACCGCGAUCUCGACCAACUCUUUCCUACUCGACUAUCACCGAAGAUUCCAAAGCCCAUGAACAAGAACGACAAGCACAGUCACUAGAAGAUGGUGGUGGGGUCGGCUCCAUUGCAUCUCGGCGCAGCAAAGGCCAAAAAAUACAAGAAAAGGGCGCUGGCUCGUUGGACGAGUUGGGGGCAUUCAUCAAAGGGACGUGGGGGACGAAGAGCCAAGUCGCUGCUGAAGACCAAGACUCCUCGGAAGAGCUUCGAAACAUGGAGGCCGCGCUGGAGCGGAGCCACUUUGCCAGCUCCGUCUUCGUCAAGCCGCUAAAGAACCUGCAACAUCGCGUGGAAGCACGCGAGAGCUGGAGGGAGCACCACAAGACCAUCUCGGCGCAGGUCUACCAAGACAGGAACCGGAGGAACCAGGACGCUAAGCCUGCCGACUGGCGCAAGGUGCUCGCGAGCAUGGCCCAGAACACGCCCCAGGAGUCGCUACAGUGGAUCAAGGACGGCAUGAAGAUUGAUGUGCCGCGGAGGACCCUGGCUGCGAUCCUGGACGACGUUGGCGACGACAAAAUUAGUUCCAUCAGACAGAGGACAGGCGCUGCUAUCAAGAUCGCCCGAGACGAGUCGACGUUGCUGCUGUCAGGUUCUCGACAGGCAAUUAACAGGGCAACCCAUGAGUUCAGGAGGAUCGCUGAUACAAUCACAAUCACGCGCCUGUACUCUCCUCUGGGUCCCGGAGAGGCGAAAACGGAACAUCUAGGCAAGGAGAACAUCUUCUUUGAACCACCCUUGUCUAGAGAGGAGGGUGCAUUCCCUGGUCGUCGUUUUAUCACCCACCACAUCUAUACCACGCCCAUACCAUUAGCCUGGACCUCCGAGGCACUGGAAGAGUAUGUAGCUGGGCUUGUGGAUUCUGUGGUUGCCCCUCACUUGCAUUCUCCGUUGUAUACAUCAACCAAGGGAGUGAAGCUGUUGGAUCACGAACGAGCCACUACUAGGCGCCUCAAACGGAUUUUCCAGAACGUCCCGGCACAAAAGGUGGCCACAUGCGCGGCAUUGAAGAUUGCGCUCUCGCACAUGUGCGAAAAGGGAGACAAGUAUCUGCCCGAGGCCAGGACGCUCUUUGUCAUCAUGGACAGGCGCGGGCUGAAGGUUGAUGUGGACGUCUUUAAUAUUCUUCUGAAGGCGGCGGUCAAGACGCGCAACUUGCGCAAGUUCCAACAGAUCUUGGGUCUCAUGAAUAGCCGAGGCCAUGCACCGAACCUCGAUACUUGGCUUCUCUUUCUGCGCAUGUUCGAAUCGGUCGAGGUUAGGUCCUACAUCCUCAAGUCUAUGGACAACAAGAACAUAUUGGCAACGCCCGAGGCCAUCCAGCUCGUGGCCACAGAGAUGGCCGCCAUGGAUGCCGAACAUGCCGUCACCCAAGGCAAAAGCCUCUCUACCUACUUUUCAGAACAGAAACAACGCUAUGGUGAGAACUGGCUCACGCGCGACGCAGCAAAUCAAGCGAUUGAUGUCUUUGCCAGCCACGGCCGCUUCGACGAUGCCUUUAAGCUGUUGGGCAUGCUGGGCAAGCGCCACGUCGGAACUUUCAGCAACCGGCACAAAGAUCGUCUGGCUGUCCACCAUGAUGCCAGCAGCUUCAUCAACAUCAUAUUGCAUGCCAGCAGAAGAGGAAAAUUACCCCUCGCCGUCAAUGUGAUGCGUUUGAUGAAGACACCAGCUCUCGCCAGGCAGCCCAACGCGGCCAUGCUCCACCUGUUGUUCGAAAUGGCCUGGAAGAGCCGCUUGCGUACAACCAUCGUCGUCAUCUGGCGAUAUGCCUGUCUCGCUCGGCUCACCUCGUGGCGCAUGCGUAGGCGAGUUGCUAGCCUGCUGGACGGCAAGUUCGGCGUUACAGGAGAUGAUCUGACAGAAUCAACGUAUCGUCAGCUGGGCGGAGAGGCGCUUGCACGGGAGCUCGCUGGUGGAGAUGCGGCUCUGACGAGCAUCAAGACUAAUCUGCAUAGGCUCUGGGGUGCCGGCCCCUUUCCUCGUGAUGAGUUGGGGACUUUUACAGCGAAGGCUUUACCCCUCGCUUUUGAACACUUCGGCCCCGCGCUUGAUAUAGGCAAGGUGCUGUGUCAGUCGAUAUUGCUCGAUUAUCAGUGUCUCCGUGCAAAGAAAAGUGGCCACCUGAGCGAUGUUCUGCAGAGAGCCAAGAUUAAGAACCUCCCAUUAUGGAGAAGAUACUCACAUGAGGAAAGGUGGGUCGAUCUUGCGCCGCUCGUGCCGGAUUCAUCCACCGAGAUCAAACCUGACGAUACGUGGCCGGAGGAGUGGGACAGUGAUGGAUGGGACAUCCUGCCCAAAGCUUGGGAACCUGGCCACAAUAAGCCGAGAGCAGCCAUCUCCAAUCCCCGUGGCAUGCCCUUGGACCCGCCUCCCUUGUCGGGCAAGGCCGCUUUGGAGGAACGGCGGGACUCCGAAAUCCCAUAUAUGCUCGAGGGCGGGAAGUCGUAUGAGUCUGCUUCCUCAACAGAAAACUCCGAGGACGAAACGGCCACGAAGCAUGAAUCUACAUCUGCCGCAGAAGAAUUGAUCACGGAGAAGCAGAUGUGCAUUAUCAACCCAAGAGUUUGGGCUGAACCGGAUGAAGACAUAUCUGCACGAGCUCAGGAGCCCCAGACCGAGGUGCAGAAGCAGAAUGAAGCAGCGAUCCUCGCUGCGCUGGAUGAGCUGAGAAAGGAGAAGACGCAUAUUCGCUAUGUCAUCUCAAACACCGAGAAUAAUGGAGACGAGGAGAGAGCAGACGGCAUGGCCAAGAGCCUGGUUUUACGCUCGAUCUGGGAUAGUGUCAUGGAGAGCCCAGCAGAAGAGAGUCCAUCGACAGCGCAGGCUGAUCAGCAACGAGCGGAAGAGAGACAGUCGCAGGAUACCUGAGUCAAUUAUACGCUUACAUGCUUACCCCUGCAUG